ACGGAGAGGAAAGCCUUAUAUUUUACCUUAAGGUUUUAUCAGUAAAUAUUAAAUAUAGCUUGCACUGUACCUUACUGUAUUCACAUCCUGUAAGCGUCUGACCUGGUAUCACGUUACCCUUCGACUAGAUUAAGUUGCAGAGACAUGCCCCUACAACUUACUGAAGGGAUGUCCACCAGGAAGAGAAGACCUAACUGGACAGACCAGGAGUGUCUUCUUCUAGCUCAGUUAAUGCAAGAGAAGAAAAACAUUAUCAGAGGGAAGUGCAGCACUGGUGUAUCAAUCCAGGAUAAAAGACAAGCCUGGGAGGAAAUCGCCCAAGCCAUCAAUACUGCCUUUCCACAGAUUCAGCGCACAGUCUCUGACUGUAACAAGAAGUGGGAAAACCUGCUGGCAAAGUCAAGGGAGGAGAUCAAACGACAGAAGAGGCAAGCCGGUACAGAAGACCUGUCCCUCGAACAGCUCAGUACUGUGACGCAGGUUGUGAUUUCUAUGAUGAACCUCUCAAACAUGCUGCAGCAGCAUAGAGAAGCCUCCUCAGUCUCAGAGUUAGUGGAAACUCAACAUAACAGCUGUGAUGAAGACGGAAAUGACCACACAGAGCUUGAUCUCCCGACAUAUCCAAAUCCAUCCACUCCUCUGGCAGAACAAAAAUUGACUUUGACUAACAUCCCCACAUCACUCGCAGUGCAGUUUAGUGCUCAUCGUGCUGCUGGCUUUGCUGCUUCUGCAGAACCACUAGAUACUCCCUGCGCUGCCUCUCCACGCUGCACAGUGCACUGCUCACCUUUGCAAGAGCGGAAUGAUUUGGAAAUAUCCGUGCUGAGGAGACAAGAGGCUGUCCUCAAGCUGCAAGAGGAAUAUUACACGCUGAAGAUUAAGCAGAUUAAAAAGCAAAUGGAGGAGCCGAUUCCAAAGGACUGAAGUAGUUACUGAGAAUGACUUGUGGCACUUUGUUGAGUCUUGUGCCUGCCUGGGACUAUGUGAUAAUUCAAGUCAAGAGAAAUUCAAGAAGUAUCAUAAUUUGUUUGUGUUGAAGUUGACAUCUGUAAUGUUUUUGUACAGAGUAGUGAAACGCUACAAGCAGCAAUGUGAUUUGGUUUUGAGGUGCAUUUCAUACCCUAUCAUUGUGAAGCAGGAUUCACGAGGGUUGGAUUAUUCAACCGCUAGGAAUCAUGACCGGGAUGACCUACAAAUGAUGUGUUGUUGCAGGUCUAGUUGUCUUUUAAUCAUUUCAGUAAAAAAUAAUAUAUGUUUUUGAUAACUAGUCUGCUGGUGUUUUUCUCUCCCCAAUUAGGACUGACCAGUUGACCAUUAUCAUGCUUAAAGUAUUCUGUUCUACCGCUGCUCUCUCACAGCUGACUGUCAGCUGUUGGAUGACGUCUUUGCAGUGUGUUCAUGUGAUGAAACGUGGGCAACGUGAGACGACGCAACGGUCACCUUUUCAUCGCUGCUACUGUAGUUAUUUGAUGUUUGCUUGUUGUGUGACCUCGGGAAGCUGUGGACAACCAUGAGUUUGCUUUGACACACAUGAGGCAACAGUUCACUUCUUUUUUAAACCCAGCCAGCUCAGCAGGAGCGUGCAAUGCAUUGCAGGAGAACCCGUCCAAACUGCACGCGACCAUAUUAAUGUAGUAUGUGCGUGUUUUUAAUGUAACCAAGCCUUUAAGUGCUUUGUUGAGUCUCUGUGUGACUUAAAUGAGCCGUAUCUGAUGAAGCCUGAUCCUCCGAGCGCACUUUAAUUUACAUUCUUGAAUCACACAUGUCCAUGUAAUCCCUGAUCUGUGGACUAAAAUAAAAGGU